GUGAGAGAGAGAGAGAGAGAGAGAGAGAAAAACCUGUGAGAAGAUAAAGGGGCAUGUGAAACCCUUGUUGAGCAGACACUUGUGAUUGAUCAGACCUCACACAGCCGUCACUGCAGUACAGGGUGAAGAAGAAAAAAAAUCAGCCAAGAUGUGUUGCUCCAGCUUUCUCAAAAUUAUGAUGUUUAUCUUCAAUGGCAGCAUCUUUUUGGCAGGUGCAGCCAUCCUGGGUGUGGGAGUGUGGGUGAAGGUGGACAGUGGUUCUCUGAUGGGUAUCCUGGGUAACUUGGAGGGUGCUCCGUCUGGGUUAUCACAACUGGUCUACGUCAGCUACGUGCUCAUCGCAGUGGGUGCUGUGCUGUUGAUCAUUGGCUUCCUGGGCUGCUGCGGAGCUGUCAAGGAGAGCAGGUGUAUGCUGCUGACGUUCUUCAGUAUCGUGCUGAUUAUCUUCCUCAUCGAGGUUGCAGGAGCUGUGGUGCUACUAGUGUUCGAGGGUUUGGCUGAUGAGCUUUUCCAGAGCUUGGAGGAUGACGUUAAAAAAAGCAUUGAAAAGGAGUAUGGACACAGUGAAAGCGUGACCUCUCUCUGGAAUGCCACCAUGGAGGAGUUUAAGUGCUGUGGAUUCAAGAACUACACAGAUUUUGAUGGCUCCCCUUUUUACAAUGAACAUGGAGGAAAUGUUUAUCCAGAAACAUGCUGCAAUGCGACCAUCACCGAGGGCGUAUGCAACAAAAACGAAGCACAUCUUUCGAUGAUUGAUGGCUGCUUGAACAAGCUCCUGCAGCUGAUAGAGGACAACGUUGUGAUCAUUGCGGCUGUGGCUCUAGGAAUUGCUGCUCUUGAGAUUGCUGCCAUGGUGGUUUCGAUGGUUCUCUACAAGCAGAUUGGGAACAAGGCGUAGAGUUUUCUGUUUGGGAUGAGAUAACUACAUUAUAAUUGGUGGAGAGAUUUUACUAGUAAGCAGUUUUCUAUGUAUAAAGUUGUUUUUUUCAUUUCAGUCAAAACAGACAGACGAACUUUAAUGAUCUAAAUUACGUUAUGGGCAUGUAGAGCAUUAAAAGAUGGAGAGCAAAUGUGUUCUUAGUUUUAAAACUUUAUCAGUAGAAUUUAUCCUGUGAUUUAUUUAUGUUUUAGCAAAGGCUGUCUGCCAACAUUAUAUAUGCUGAUGCAAAUAGCUAAUAUGUGAUGAUGCACACGGCAGAAAGGAUCUGCAUAAGUCAUGUAUGUUGUCGCUCGCAUUCACUACAGUAAUAUCAUACAUUUAUUUUUGUAUUUUUGAUCAUAUUGAAAUAAAAAUAUCACAAUCUUCA